ACUCUUGCUGCGCCCGCCCGUUUGCUUGCCUCCGUCUCGGGGAUUCCACCGCCGCCGACGCCUACCGGAGCAUGGAGCCGCGCUGGUCCCGCUGCGGGCCUCUCCGCCUGCCUCGCCACUCCCUCCUGCUCCUCCUGUUCUGCGGCGCCGGUUUUUUCCAGUCCCAUGCAGUGGAAGUAGAGGUGAAAGAUUCCUCCAAUGCUACGUGCAUAUAUGCAAAAUGGAUGAUGAGCUUCUUCAUAAAAUAUGAAACAAACAGUAGUGAAUAUAGAAAUGCAACCUUACACGUAUCUCCCAAUGUGACACAUGAUGGAAGCACCUGUGGGAAUGAAACAUUUGCUCCACUCUUGGCAGUUCAGUUUGGAGCAGGUCAUUUUUGGAGCAUCAACUUCACAAAGACUAAUGGAACUUACCAAGGAAGUAUUAUUACAUUUACCUACAACACCAAUGAUGCUGCUGUAUUUCAGGAUGCUAAAAAAAGAGGACCAGUUACUAUUGUUGUAAAUGACACCAUGCACCCAGUUCAACUAAACAGGGUCUACAAGUGUCAUCAUAACGAAUCUAUCGAAGCAGAAAAUGUUACACAGUCUUUCUGGGAUGUCACCCUGCAGGCUUUUGUUCAAAAUGGCACAGUCAGUAAAAACGAGUCUAUCUGUGAUGCUGAUACACCUACUCUUGCACCCACUUCUGUGUCCCCUGUUGUCAACUUAACUACAGCAUCUACCACUUCCUCACCUGCACCAACCACAACUCCCAAACCAGUGGAAAAACCAGUACCAGGAAACUACUCUCUCAAAAAUGGCAAUCAGACCUGUUUCCUGGCCACUAUGGGGCUGCAGCUGAAUGCCUCCCAAGAAAAGCCUUCUGUGAUCAACAUUAACCCCAAAACAACCCACGUCACUGGGAGUUGUGGAAAUACAUCUGCUACUCUGAAACUGAAUGAUUCCAACAGCAGAUUUAUUGAUUUCGUAUUUGUUGUUAAAAACACAAGUGCAAAUACACAAAGGUUUUAUCUAAAAGAAGUGAACAUCAUGCUGUUUGUCUCUACAAAUGGUUCUGUUCUACAUGCUGAAAACCACAAUCUCAGCAAGUGGGACACCUCCCUGGGCAGUUCCUAUAUGUGCCAAAAAGAGCAGACUGUUGAAGUCAACGAAGACUUUCAAAUACAUACUUUUGAUGUAAGGGUUCAGCCAUUCCUUGUGAAAGAAAACAAGUAUUCUACAGAUAAUGGGACUGAGCCUCCAGUGCUGCUGCCGGGAGAAGGCCAUCCUUACAAGAAAUGACAAGAUGAAGCAGUAGACUUUGCUUUUCAGACCGGAUAAAGGUUGAUGGCAGGACAGCACUAUACAGAUGAGGUCAGUAUCACUAUGUGAAAUGCUUAGUGUUGGAGAAGCGCCUUAGCUGGGUCAUCCAGCAGGCCAUGGCAGAGCAAGGAAUAAAAUCUAGGUCUCCUGAGUCCUCAUCUAAUUCUGUUCUUGAUGGCAAUUGAAGUAGCUCUACUAAAUGGUAUUUGGAAUAUGGGGGGGGAGGCCAACACUGUCAGACCUAGAUACCUAAAAUAAACAUGCUUAAAAAUUAACCUUGGUAAUCAAAGUUCCCAAGCUGUCAAGCACAGAGCCUCCAGAUAUUCAGCUGCUACCUUGGAAGCUAGGUGUGCUCAUAUGUCCACCAUCCUUUUUUGAACGUUUUGGUUAAAGUUGAGUAUCCUGUACUGGUCCAUCUCCUUCUCAAGAAACAUGGAUUAAACCAGAAUCCUGUUGUGCUCCUAUUAUGACUUAAUUCUACCUCACUAAAAAGUGGCUUUUUACAAGUAAUUGUUAUAGGAAAGCCUGGCUAUAACAGCAAAACUCCAUCCUUUGCAGCCUACAGGGGUACUGUAUAAAUGAAGCAGUCAUUUUUGCACGAGGUCUAACUUAGACUUGACUGAAAUUUCAAAAGAAAAAAACUAUUCCCCAGGGACCAGUGCAAUAGGCUUUUCAGUAUGUAUCCCUCAUGUGUGUCUCACACCUGUACCAGGCCCAGCCUCUACCCCCUGUACAUCCCAUUGUGGUUAAGCAACUACCCAGAAACAAUUACAUACUGACAGGUAAACAUAUGGGGAAGGCAUAAUGGUGAAUUAAAAAUAGUCCCUGAUAAAGAAGGGCUGAGUAACUCAUCGUAGCUCCAAGCAAUGAAAAUGGCUAAGCUUAGACUGCUGGCACAAGAAUGUUUCCUCCUGUAGAUGGAACAUUUAUGGAGGCGUGGGAGCCAGCCAUGAAACCCUGACUUUACCACAGGAGCUUCUGUAGAACCUGCUCAUUAUCCCCUUGCAUUGUAGCCUGAGAGAAAUGGUGAUCACCACACUGCCAUGAUUCUUCUUGCAUGUACAGGCCUCCUGGGUUGCAUAGGAACAAUGGUCACAGUGCGCAGAGGGAGUCCAGUGGCAGUGCUGGAUCCCAAGAUGGGAAUGAUCCAGCACUGCAGAAAUAUGAAGCAGACCUGUAAGAGAUUUAUGAAUGGAGGAAAUCCUCCUAACAGGCUACAGGUUCCUUUGGGGGUGAAGGAAUCUCACAAAGGAUGAUGUUGAACUCUUGUUUAUAAAUUGACCCCAGUUUUCUGCCCUGCCUGUCCUCUACCAAAAAAUUACGCAGCUUCUGCAAAGUGUCAGAGGCCUAGGAGGAAAUGCAUGUUACUUCAUCUGCAGCCCUACAUUACCAGGGCUGAGUUCUCUCAUUUGACUGGGUUGCCUGUUUGUCACCAUAGGCAUGAGUUGAAAACAAUGGAGUUUCAGAGGCAGUUGAAGCCAGAAUUUGCAAAAGACAGUAAGAAAAGAAUCCAUUUCUCUUUUUACCCACUGUGGAAAUGUGGCAGAAAUCAGCAACUGAAAAGCAAGCUCCAGAGUAGUUAUAGGCUGGAAUGACUCUCUUAAGAGGAUCAAUGAGUUUCUGGUGUUCAUGAUCAGUUCUGCAGUAGCAGCCCAGAAGGAGCAGACCAGCAUGCACAAUCAGUCCUGCAGUAACAGAUCAGUGUUUCCAGCUUUAUACUACUCCCUGACUCUCCAUAAACAAACCGCACUGUAGCAGUCCCACGAUAAUAAGCCACUGUGCACACAGUAAAAAAAAAAAAAGGUUUCAAUUUCAGCUUCCCCAGGAAUUGUUAUAAACAAGUGUAGACAAAAUAAGUCUGUCCAAGCUACAUUGACAGUGCCUGCUCAACCAGUUAGCCAAUAACCAGAAGAGUAUUAAGAAUAAAAUCACACUGUUAGUUUUAAUGUAAAUGCACGGUAGUCAGCUUAGUUUUUAAUAGAAAAAUGACUUGUUUAUCAAAGAUUUAUAGAGACCAAAAAACAGGAAAUGAUGUCACAGUAAGAAAAUAACUGGACUACUUGUACAGGGCAAGGAUACCAAAAUGCUUUCCUCCAUUUAGUCAGUAGCAAAGGUACAUGUCUAGAAAAAAAUCUUAUUAGCUGGACAAUACAUGUCCUGCUCUGUUCUUGUAACUAAUAACACAUGUAACAAGUUUAAUCUCCAGAUUUCAAAUAAAAUGAGUAUCCUCAAGAACAGCUUUCAUUUUUUUUUAAAUGCAAUUAUUUUUAAGCAAUUUCAAAUUGUCUUUAGAAAUGGGCAACUUCACUGUCAUAGGUUUGGAAAGCACCACAGUAUUUUGUAGGUCUAUGGCACUUCCUAGCCAAGCUACCAAAGUACUUUGCAAACAAUAACAAGUUCAGCCUCGCUGCUCCCCCGUGAGCUGGUAAGUAGCAGAAUCCCCAUGUUAUCAACGGGGUAACUCGGGCACAAAGACGUGAGAACGAUUGCGCGCUUGGGGAAGCCAGGAAUGAAAUUCAAGUCUCUGGAUGAGACCAUUCUUCAAGAAGCAAAGACAGUUUGUUACCUGAAAUGUUACUGGCUGACCAAUACCAUGACCAGCUUGUAAACCUGAUCUUCCACUGCCUUGCACAUAGGGUCAUCAUUUGCACCUGGGCAGGCCCAAACACCUGUUUUGCACAAGGUUAAGGGCUGACAGAUGGGGGAAUUGAGCCAUUUGUGCCUAACAAAGGGACUGCUUCAGUUACUAGCAACCUGUUCUACCAAGUGCUAUAGGUUUCCUAGGCAGACAAGGUUCUUUGGAUAGAUAUGGUAUCUUUUAUUAGACCAACUAAAUAGUUGGAAAAAUUGUUCUUUGCAAACUUUCAGGCACAAACACCCUUCUUCAGGCAUAGGGAGAGUCUGUUGUUUUGCGUGCUCUCCUGGGUUUCCUAGAAAGACAAGCUGCUGACUGUGCUCAUAUCAGUGCUGGCCUAUGAAAAUGAGCGACUAAGUGUUCUGCUGUGACUCCCUGGCUCUCAGGGGCAUUAUUCACUGUGCUCUCCCCGGCACUGGGGAGACAAGGACUUGAAAUAUUUGGGGGCCCCCAGUUGUCCUGAGAAGCUGUACUCUGCAUGGCCACAUGAGAGAUACAGACUCCUUUCCUGCCCUGGGCCUUGCACCAUUUCCCAUCAAUCUCUUCCUGCCAUUGUGACAGAGGGGGCAAGCAGGGAACAGCCCUUUUCAGGCUUCCUGAGUCUAGUGAUCUCAGUAAAGUGUCUUGGGGAGACAUGGGAAAAAGGACAUGAAAGAGGAAAAACGUGCUUAUCCUCCCAGCUCGGUUGCGGGACUGGAAUCAGUUAGGAAGAUUCUUAAAUGCCAGUUCUGCCUUAGGCUGUUGCUUUUGUUGUCUUGUAUGUAUCAAAAAAUGUUUGAGCCUGCUCCCUCAAAUGUUCCAGUACAGAGCUGGGCUCAAGUUAUUUUGAGACUGAACACCUUAUUUGAUUUUUUUUUUUUAAUUAUUGUUUUUACACAUGUAAUCCAAGGUUGUCUUUACAUUUCUUUUUUUAAAUGGGAGCAUGGAGUACCCUGCAGUAUUGAUUAAUUAUCAUCUUGUUUGUUUCUUAUGAGAAAUAUGCUUAAAACUAUAAAGAAAAAUAAAGUCACAAUCCUAGGGAAAUAAUGUUAAAAUAUCCAAAAAGUAGUUAAGAUUAAAAUGGACCUAUUUGAGCAGGGCCUCUACCUAUGGUUACCAGAUUUGUAUUUUUACUGCUAAAAUGGUUUAGGUCAGGCCUUUACAUUUAGAAAAUGUAGUUUAUCUGUUUGAAUAUUGCAUGGCAAAUUGUCAUUAGCUAUAAAAAAAAUAAAAAUCAAAUAAAGACCUGUCUACCAAAAGA